CCUCCUUUCCCUCUCUACCCCCUCUCACAGACAUCCCUAAAGUAAGUGGAGAGACAGCAGCAGCAGAGGCUAUCCAGGGGUGCAAAUGCUUCGCAUGACCAUGCCUGGACGAACAGAAAGGCAGGGGAACGGCUAAGACUCUAAACCAAAGUAACUCUCGGCUGCCAAAGAGAGGAAAAGGAGGGGGGUGGGUAGAGCGUGAGCGAAAGCAGACAGGAGAAUGAAACGGUGAAUGCAAAACGUGGACCCUGCUGUCACACAAGACUGGGAAAACAUAAGAUAGCAAGCAGUACCAAGCAUCACCUUCUGCUGCUCUAGAAAAAGGGGGAGAGAGGUCAGAACGGACAACGACAUGUUCACGAAAUAAUGGAAAGGAUCAGGACAGCCCACACCACACCUGCCUCCAUGCCGACUAACCUGUUGCUCCUCCUCCUGUUCGGGGUGCGUGUGCUGGCUAUUUGCCCGCCAAUGUGCACCUGUAGCAGAGGCCAUAGAGCGGUGGACUGCUCUGCGCGUGGGUUGGCUAUACUUCCCGACAGCCUGCAGCACAACAUUCACUUCCUCAACUUGUCGCACAACCGACUUCAAGAUCUCGACGGACUCCUUAACCAUUUUGACCACUUAAGAACUCUGGACAUCUCCUAUAACCAUCUGCACCACCUUCCCGUUGGCCUGCCGAGAGCACUUUGGGAUAUACGUGCUUCUGGAAACUACAUCCGUCAAUUGGAGAAAAACGACACGGCCUACCACUGGAACCUGCAGAAUUUAGACUUGUCACACAACUUGCUGGAACGUGUGGUCUUGAUUAACAACACGCUGUCCAAUCUUCAAUCGCUCAAUCUUAGUCAUAACAAAUUCUGGACUGUUCCGACAAACAUACCCCACAAUGUAGAGAUGGUGGACCUUUCUCAUAACUUCUUGCUGCAGAUCUUACCAGGCUCACUGGAUCGUCUUCCUAGACUGUCGAGGUUCUACUUGCAUGCCAAUCGUUUUACCUCACUAAGUGAUGGUGUGUUCAGUCGACUGGAUGGACUGCAGCUCCUCACACUUGGAGACAACCCAUGGGCUUGUGAGGAUGAGGAGAAUAUAAGCCAUCUCCUGACCUGGAUGCAACAGACCCCUGCAAAGAUCUUGGGCUGUCCCUGCUACACCAGGCCCACGUGCGGAGAAGCUCACCUGGCCACCAGGAGAACCUGGCACUCUGCCGCAUUCACAGAGCCGCCGCUGGCUGCCGACGCUCGUCAUCCUGUGCACCGAGCACCAAUGCAUGCAGUUACAUCUGGGUACCUGUCCAAGUCAGCCCAGUUGAACGUGGGUCAUAGUGCUGCUAAUACCUCUGGGCCAGGCGAGCAGGUACUGAUAAUGGGUGGAGAAUUUCUCACAUCAACUCCACAUAGCCUGUCCACACAGUCAAGCACAACAAUCCGAACACGUAGCACCAAGAAGGUCCUCCCAGGCAGAGCUCGCAGCACAAGCCAUCAAAUCCGCAGCUUUGCAACCACCAUUCUGAGCCUUUUAUGUACAGUGAUUCUGCAUAACAAUCUCUCAAACUAGACCUGCUGUCUUGAGUCUGGAAAACAGUCCAUAAAGAAUGCAAAAACGAGACUUACCUCUUAGGUUUCCAUUUUCACACUGUUCUGGGCUAUCUUGAGAAUUUUUCAACAUAUGCAAUCUCUGCCUGCUUCCAAAUAAACUGACUUCCACAUAACGUGACUGAAUGUUGUAUGGCUUACACAUAUCAACAUCUAGACACGUAUACAAGUACACUACAAUUAGCAGUUUCUUAAUGUGGAAGUUGAAUGUUCUUUCCAGUGUAAUGCUUGUGCAUUUCAUUGUUUAUAUUAUGUAUUAAACUAAACACUUAAAGUGUAAAGCUGAUGUGUUCUAUGAGUACAGACAUGCUGCCUUUAACUGUUAAAAUAAGAAUAAAAAUGGAAAAUCCAUGAUGUUUUACUACAACUGUAUGAA